CGUGGCUGUGCUUUUAUUUGGCAGCCGGGUUUCUUUUGGAGGGAAAAGAGCGCAUUGUAUGUGAGAAAAUACAGCUCUGCCAAGCCCCGUCGUGUCGUCUUGUCCGCUGGUGGGAAGUGCCGCGUUUACUCGAAUAUAACACUAGGCCCCCCAUCGUCAUGGGGGGGCACCCUUCAUCGGGGCAGGGGGGCUGCACUUGAUCUUCAAGGGCCCUUCCAGCCCUAACGUCUGUGAAAUCCUAGAUUCGGGUACGCAGGCGGGGGGAGGGAGGCAGCUGCUGUGGUGCUGACUGGCGCUGAGCAGCUGUCGGGGAAAUGUCCGCGGCCAGGCUGAUCCGCAGCUCCAGCAGUGCUGCAUGGCCUAGCCAGGGCUGAGCCUGCGUGUGCUGUGCCCCGGGAGGGACAAGUUUAAGACAGCCGUCCAAUUGUAUACCUGGAACAUUAUAACAAACGUAUACAUUUUCCAUCUAUAGAAUCUAAUUGUAGGGGGGUUGUCUUAAAUUCAGGGUUGUCUUAGAUUCGAGUAAAUACGGCCGAUGACAUGGAAGCAUCGGGUCCCUUGUAGGAGUCUCUAAUCAGAUUCACGUUGCUCUCUCGUAGACUGUGCCGUCUCCGCUUCAUUCGUGCAUGUUGUAAAAGGCUGCGUAAAGGAAUGUGACAAAUGUUAUUUAUGUUGCAGUAACACCCCAAAUGCGCUAGCAAACGUACAAGACGGCGUGGCUUCUGCUAAGAAUUCGCAGUGUAGAAAUGAAGCGAUCGCUGAAGGUGUGUAAAGAAUUCUUGGACAAAUUUUACAACUCUUUAAAAGAAAAGCAUUCUGACUUCACUGUGGCUGCCAUAGAGGAGGCUUUGCUCAGCAGCUGCAAGACUGCAAAAGGAAAAGAACAGCGCCUGUGCUAUUACAUUGGAGCAAUAAGUGAUGCACCCACCAAGAUCAUCAGUGAGGUCAGCCGCCCAAUGAGUGCCCAUGUGCCUGUGCCCAAGAUCUGUGAUAAGCUGAAGAAGAUAGAUAUUCAGAUCUGUGAACUCAAAUAUGAAAGGAAACUGGACCUGACAUCAGUGGAUCUCUCCAAAAUGCGAGUGGCAGAGCUUCGGAAGAUCCUGGAUAGCUGGGGAGAAGUGUGCAAAGCCUGCAUAGAGAAAACUGAGUUUGUGAACCUGAUUAAGGAGCUAGCCCCGAAAUAUGCACCUCCAAACUCCCGAGCAGACCUUUAGCUUGCACUCGUUCCAAACAAGCACUGGCUAGAGUAUGUCAAAGAAUGAUUGAGUGACACUGCAGUAGCUGGGCUAAAUUAAUUUAGUUGUUUGGCAAUUGCUCACAAGGGGCAAGAAUUUCCACAUUAUUAUUGCUAAUAAUUGCUUUUACAGCACCGUAGUGCUGGUGCUUACAAACACAAUGAGACAAGGUUGCUGCAGUAAGGAACUAUGAUUAAUAUGAUUAGUAUGAUUAGUAGUAGUAGUAUUUCUUAUUGUAAUGAGAAGCCUCAGUCCCAUAUACGUAUAUAAUAAAAAGCUGGUUCCUUCCCCAGGGAUGCAUUUUUAGUCUGGAGAAGAGAAGACUGAAGGAGGAUUUAAUAGCAGCCUUCAACUACCUGAAGGACGGUUACUAAGAGGAUGGAGCUGGACUGUUCUCAGUGGUGGCAGACGACAGAACAAGGAGCAACAGUCUCAAGUUGCAGCAAGGGAAGUUUAGGUUAGAUAUUAGGAAAAACUUUCUCACUAGGCUGGUGAUAAAGCACUGGAACAGGUUACCCAGAGAGGUGGUGGAAUCUCCAUCCUUGGAGGUUUUUAAGACCCGGCUAGAAACAGCCUUGGAUAGGAUGAUUUAGUUGGGGGUGGUUCUGCUUUGAGCAGUGGGUUGGACUAGACCACCUGAGGUCUCUUUCAACCCUAAUUUUCUAUGAUUCUAUGUUCAAAGUAGAGGAUGAGAGACAAUAAGUAGUAGCAUAGCUGAGAGGUCGUGACCAGAGCAGCAGCCCCAGGUGCCACUUUGUGGGAGGGAAGGGGGCACAGAAAUAGCUGCUACUGCAGCGGAUGGCUGGCCAUGCUACUGCCACCAGCAGGAGAGCACGGCAGCUAAUGCUGUCCAGUGAAUAGCUGCCAUCAAGGGCAUGAAGCUGUCCUGUUACUACAAGUGAAAACAGCAAAAAAAUCUAAAAACUCAAUUUUAUUCUUACUGAAGUCAAGGGCAAAGUCACAAAGAGCAGGGAACAGGAAGAGGAGUUCCCUCCACCCUCUGUAUUAAUUAUUUUUCAGGGACCUAAUCAGAUUGGAAAAGGAUCCUACAUAGGCACAUACAUCCACUUAAACCCCUAAUAGAUUAAAUGGGAUCCAGCCCUAAGUAUCUAGCCCCUUUUCUGAUUUUUCUUAUGCAAGUAAGGGAUUCAUGCGAAAGCCAGGAAUAGAAUCCACAUCUCCCAGGUCUCAGCCCAGUCACUUAGGCCUGUUCUAAACACAACAUUACACUGUUUAACGAAAAGUGGUUUUAAAAUCAGACCUUAAUCUAAGCUUGUGCAGUGCUGCAAAUAGACACUUUUAGAGCUUGAAACUAUGUUGUUUAAAAAUAUCUAGUUAGCAAAAAUCACUAAUACUGUUAAUCCUGUUUUCCACAAAUUAAGCUUUACUGGUAUGAGAACCUUUAGCUGGACUAACUGCGGCCAUGUUAGGUGGUUGCAUUGAUUCACGCUGCAAAAAUCAAUUCACAAAUGGUGUGGAGAUCAGAGCUUCUAUUGAUCUAUUCAAAUCAAUAAUCAGAGCUAUUAAGCUUGCCUUAGAUUGACAUCGCUUGUAAUAUAUGGGCACAAAUUGCAUCAACAUAAGUUUAAGAUAAUAUAAGAGUUUCCACACAGAUAUUUGCACUAGUUGCAUUUAAUUCGUGGCAACCCCUUAACCACAAAGCCAUCCUCUCCUUGCAGACUUUGCCUCCUUUGUUACUGACAUUUUAAUUUCUUCAGGGAAUGGGGUGGGGAACUCUACAAAUAGCCUUAUUUACUGGCCAUAGUCUGCACGGACUGAGGAUUGUGUAGAAAAACACGACGUGUGAUUAAAAAUCAUUCGAAUGCAUAUAUGCAAAGGGCAGAAUUAAGGUGCAAUCUUGACCUUGCAACCGUAAUCUUUUAAAUAAUGUAAUGUAGCUUGUAAGGAACACACACACACACGCACAUAGAUGGGGAAGUUGUAUUUGAUUUAGCACAGCUUCUGUCAAUGGGCAGAUACUUUACUUGUCUUGAGAACCUGGUUUGUGCUAAAGUACGGCUUGUAUGAUUUCCCUUGGGGGAUUGUUCUGUAGUCCAAUAGAUUUGAACUGUUAGGAAGUAUUGCUUGACAUCUCGCCUAUGUUUUCCUUUGCUUAUUGUCUUCUAUUUUCAACUGGUGCUGGGUUGUCUUCCCAAUAGUUUGGCACAAGUGCUCUGUCUAGUGCAUUUUAGCAAUUGGCCUAAAUAAACACUUGUCUCCUCUUGGUUCCUACUAAA